AUUUGAUUGGCUGACAGGGUUGUAUCAAACUGAAAAUAUUCGCCCGCAGCGCUUACUGUUGCCAGAGCGUCAAUGGCGGAACUCCGCUGCAGAAGUUAAUAUGACACAAGACAGGCUCACAUAAGAGUCCACGAGGAUGUCAAUAGAGGCGGAGGCAUUGCUGCAGGAGGCAAAGGAGAGCAUCGAGGCAGCCCAGAACUACAGGAGCGAGCUACAGCAGAGACUGCAUGGACUCAGCCAAGCACGCAAACAGGUACGGGGCAGUGCCAGCCAGACACGUGAGACUCUGCAACGGCACUUUCAGGAUCUGCAGACGACAGUGAGCCGGCUGCUGACUGAGAGGCUGAACAUUCUGCUCCAGGAGGUCGACAGCAUCGAGCUGGAGAGCGUCAGCCCCUUAGACGACUGCCAGAAGCUCAUUGAGCAUGGAAUCAGCACAGCCGAUGAACUGCUCCGAGAGGGGGAGGCUGCCAUCCGCUGCGGUGUAAAUGAGAAGGAGGACAAGCUGGGUAGCUUCACUAAGAAAGCCCUGCAGAUCCAGUUAGACAGCCUGCCUGAGGUACCUGCACUGGUGGAUGUGCCCUGUCUCUCUGCGCAGCUGGAUGACUCUUUGAUGCACACGUUCCGUACUCAAGUGGCUCGACAUGGCAGCGUGGCUUCUUAUCCGCCGGUCCAAAUUGAAGAGCUGGUGGAGAGACCAGGUGGUGUGCUGGUGCGCUGGUGCAAGGUGGAUGAAGAUUUUACCCCUCAGGACUACCGGUUGCAGUAUCGCCGUGGUAACUCGUCUCAGUACGAGGACGCGUACAUCGGUAAAGACACCGAGUUCCUGGUGCUUCAACUUGACCCACAUAUGGACCACCUGUUCCGCGUGUGUGCCAGAGGAGAGGGACGAACCGAGUGGAGUCCGUGGAGCAUCCCACAGACUGGUUACACCACACUUGCACCCCACGAAUGGCGUGCAGGUGUGGAUGGUUACAUUUUAAGCAGUAGGAAAAACAUCACCAUGCGCAGUGACUCGUCGCCAGGUCACGGAGGUGUGCUGUACUCCAACUCCCCCACCUACUUCUGCGGCCAGACCCUCACCUUCAAGAUCACGGCUGCAGGACCAACAGAUAAGCAUGAUAGUUUAGGUGUAUGUGCGGACAGCAGAACUGGAACAGACUCAUUGCAGAGGGACCAGGCUGUCUGCAUCUCCACCAAUGGUGCUGUGUUUGUGAAUGGAAAAGAGAUGACCAACCAGCUGCCAGCCGUCACUGUUGGUUCAUCUGUGACCUUUGACAUGGAAGUGGUCAAUAUCUUUCCUGUGAGCAAUAACAAUAACCCUAACGAUAAGGGAAACUUCAAGCUGAGGGUGACGAUUGGCUCAGGGAACAGAGAAGUGGUGUUCGAUUGGAUGCUGGAUCAGGUUGUGGACAGCCUGUUCUUCGGCUGCUCUUUCACGCACCCUGGAUGGAAAGUGCUAGUGUUUUGAUUGGGUUUUUAAGUUAUAAUGAUGAAAACAUGGUAAAAGAUCCAGAAUGCUGGACCAUACCGCAUCAACUGAAUUCAAGACCUCAAGUUCCUUUUAAAUGUUGUCAAACUUCCUCCAGAUUUUCACACCGCUUAAGUGUUUUGAUGUCACAUUUUGCCUAUUAAGCAGUUCUUGUUUCUAAAUUGGUGUUAUGGGAACCAGUUAUCACAGAAUAUCAAAUAACUCAAAUUGAACGUUCCCUGUUCUGUGAUACGAGGCCAGUCACUACUCUAUGGUCUUAUCACAUUCAUACCCGUGUUGUGAUAUUUGUAUAACUGUACAUGUUCGUACAAUACCGUUCAAUAUAGACCUUUUCUCGCAGGUUAUGUGUAGCAAAGCAUGCUUGCCUGGUUUACCACAAAAUAAUAAAUCCACUGUGAAGUUCUCAAGCCCUCACAACUAGUAAUGUGUACUUUACAAAUAAUAGCAAACGUGUGCGCUAAAUUCAAUGCUCAGACAAUCCUUUCUUCUGUAGGUAACAUGUGGAGAUUACCUGUAAUAUACACAAACCUGUUCAUAUGUUUAAAUAUCAGAAGCUGACCUGUUUAGAACAUAAUAGUUUGAUGUACCUAUCAACUUUUUUAUUGCUGUUUGCCUGGUACUGACUUCAGUGUUAUUAAGUACUGUUUUAAAAUUUUCCAUCACAAACAGUGCAAAUGAUUCGGCUAGUUCAGCGACACAAUGCUGAUCCAAACAUACCAAGACAAUGAUGUUUCUAAUUAAGAACUGUGAUAUUUCACAGCGUUGUGCCAUUUUUAAGAGCUUUUUUAUAAUUGUAUCUUAAUACCUGUCUUUUGUUCUUACUGCACAAGUUCAUGUUUUCAUUAGCGAGCUUGUCUUUUUUUAUAGUUACUUGUUACAUUUGAAGCAUUUUGAGGUUUUUCAUUAAAACAUUAAUUUUACCCAUCAAUGACUGUAGAGCCGGAGCGCUGUUGCAUGAGUUUUUCUGAGACCGAACAUUUAAGGUACUAAAUAUAAUUCUUCUCUGCAUAAGAGAACCGUUUAUAAUACAUUUAACUGUUGUUUGCUCGGGCACACGAGACAAUGAUACACCCACAGGAUGUCUGGUCUAUUAAAUCUAUUUAUAAAACUGUGACAGUUCUAUGUAUAUUUACCUCAUUUUGCUUGUGCCUUAGAAAAACUUUAAGGAUCCAGCUGAACAUUUGCAAUAUAAUAAACUGUUUGGAACAUUUA